CAUUGAAAAGAUGGCGGGUAAGGAAGAUGCAUUUCCGCAAGCUGCGCAACAGAUUGAAUUAUCGAAACUCAGCCUUCAACAACUUACGCAAUUGAAACAGCAGUUGGAUCAGGAGGUGCAGGUUUUCCAAGAUAAGUCACGGACUUUAAAAAUGGUGCAGACCAAGUUUCAAGAUUCAGAUAAUUGUUUGGACAAGAUUACGUCAGAUUCAGAAGGGAAGACGAUUAUGGUUCCACUUACAGGAUCUGUAUCCUUAAAUGAUGCACUUACCCCAUCUCAAAAGAUGACCAAGAAAAAUGAACAAACACGGCAUUUCAUUCUCAUGGCACAAGAGGUCGGCCAGCGAUGUCGAUUGGCCUCCUCUAGACGAAAUAUUGUGGAUGACAGAGCAGGAAGUCGACCUAAAGGGCGUUGUGGUUGGGAGCGACACAUUACAGCAUGUUCCAGCAUGUUGCGCAUAAGGGACAUUAAUGGAGCCAAAGAUUAUUUUAAGCGUAAAGUCAGUGUUGUUGAGGAGCACAUUGAGAAGGUUAUGCAACUGUCUAUGGAGAAGAAUGAACUAAGUAAAGUUGUGGGACAGAAGAUACAACUUAAGCUUCAGGCACAGUUAGGCAAUCUACAGCAGCAGAGCCAGCAGCAGGAAGCUGCCAAAUCUUAACCAUGUCACUUUACCUCUUGCUCUUCUUGUGCACAAAUGUAAACAAAAAUGAAAGGAAAAAUAUGCUGUAAUGUAAGCAGAAAAGAAGAGUUUGGUUUACACAGAGGGUUUUUGUUAUCCUUCUUUUAUUCUACAAUUAUUGACUUUUGGACAGUAUCUACCCUAUAUUGUAUUUAAAACACUUUGUUUCAGGUACUGGAGUCUGUCUCUGUCUUCAGGUAAAAGCCUACUCAAUGGGACCAAAUCAAUAGAUCUAGUCCUGGAGAUAAGGACUAGCUCGAUUGGGCCAAACUGAAUAGGCUUUUAUGUGAAGACAGACAUAAUCCAGUCUCCUGAACGUUGUGUUUUAAAUAAAAAAUCAGGACAGUGGAUAAUGUCCAGAAACUAAAUAAUUGUAUUAAUAUACCAUUGUCACAAACUUUUGGAUCUUGUUUUAUUCUAUUAUAUACUUUUCAUAUCUCACUUUUUGAAUACUGACAAAGGUGUUACAUUAACUAUGACCAAUAAAUAGUAUACUAAAGCCCAUAAAAGUUUCACUUCAGUACAUAUUGUUUAAUUCUACCUUUAAAUUCAUCAUGCAUAAUUCAGUAUAUUUUUCCAAAUAAUUUAUAGUCAUCUGAAUAUUAAUGGAACUGUGUUAACAGCUUUAAGAGUGUUACUUAUAUAUCUUAAAAUUCUGUGUUCAUGCCCCCCCCCCAGUGCUAAAAAUAAGAGUACCAUAUUUUCACUUUCAAAGUCUUUGACACUUUUACUGCUACUGCCAGGUUGUAAAACAAUGAGCUUUGAAGACUUAGGUCAGAAAAGACUGUUGAAAAGGUAGAGACGCUCAUUUAUAUUUAUAGCCAGCAAAAUUCAAUACUGUGUUUGAUCAACGAAAGAAAUUUCUGGAAAAUCUAGGCAUCAGCCUUUAGUUUUGAGAUUAAGGUGUAAUUAUUAACUAUAACAACUCCAUCACCCAUGUUUCUGGGAAUUGUUUAUCUGUGCAUACAGUAUUUCAUGUUCUUCCUGUAUGUCUCAUUUCGCUUUCUUAAUAUUGCAGUAAUGUGCUAAGACUGGUUACUAAAAGCAGUCAGUUGUGAAAAUUUAAUAACAACAACUCAGUCGAGAAAAUGAAAAGAAAACAAUAAUAACAGCAGCCCCAGUGGAAGCAUUGCUAAGCAAUUAACUACAAAAAAAUAUUAAUUUACCUAUUCCAUGCCUGUUUUCAGCAUAUACAAUGAGGCUGACAGGAAAGAGACCAUCAGAGGACUAACAGUUUGAUUAAGGACUCACACUGACCUGCACACAUCAGACCAUUACAGUUCUAUAACACCUAAAGGUCUAUCUAUGUGAUUGACAGGUGUUAGAACACUCCUCCAAACUUUGUUGUUCAGUGCCUGUUGGCAGUGGCCCAUGUCAGAGAUGUAGGUUGUAAAUACUCACUGAAAUACAUUUUAGAAUAUUUUAUAAGCCUGCUGAUAGUCUUGUUUCCUGUUGGUGUCCUUACAUAUAGUGGGAAUGGGCCUUAUGGCAUAAAAAAUGUUCUGUUACAUGAAAUAAUCAUGCAUUGCAGUACAAUUCUUGCUACAUAGUUAUUUUGUAAUAUCAAAUUUUCACUGCAUUUAGGAAUUAAAUUUCAUUAAGUCCAAUACAA